CUCAUCCCUCCCUCUUUUUCUUCCCCGUCGCUAGUGGUGGAUGACGACGAUAGUGGAGUCUUCACCGCGGGGGCCAUCGUCACCGUCACCGUCAACCUCCGGCGCCGCACCAUGGGGGAGGUGUACGAACAGAGCCUGCAGGAGGGUGAGCAGACCAGGGUGGAGGGUGUGCAGGAGAAGGAAGAGGAACCUGGUGCUGUUGUUGCUGCCAAAAAGUCUGGAUGGAAGCCCAAGACCCAGCCCAAGAAGGGAGGCAAGUCCAAGGCCAAGGCUCAGCCCCAGAAGAAGAAGCAGCAGCAACAGCAGCAACAACCACAACCACAGCCGCCCACCAAGAAAGAAGAAGAGGGUCAAGAGAAGAGUAAGAAACAUAAUCAUAAAAUUGCAGGUAGCGGGCAGCAGGUGGAGCGGGUGGAGAACGUGGUGGAGGAGAAGGGCGAGCAGACGGAUGAGGAUGAGUCUGCCUCACAUUCGGAUGAGUCACAGGCAGAGGAGGCGGAUACGGAGUCCCACAAGGAAGAGAAGGUAAGGGCCGAGGCUUGUGGGUUUGUGGUGUUGAAACUCUUAUAAUACAACAGUUAACCCUUAAUCGGCGGCAGUAUUUGAAGAGUAGCUCCCCCAAAAUGAAUGGUCUGUAUAUUGCCAGAAAGUAGCAUACGUCCCUUGUCACUAUUUUCAGACACGUUUACCUCACGUCAGUUUUUUUCAAAGGCGUCUAAGAAUACUGGCCGUGUCUUCUUCUUUUUCUUCUUCUUCCUCUUCUUCUUUCUCCUCUUUUUCCUCCUUUCUUCUUAGGACCGUAGCAUAAAUAUAGUUACACUGCAUAAUAGAUGUUUUAACUAUCGUCUAUACAAUCGGCCCUCAAAUAGUACGCAACGUAACUCAUACCAAAACGUAACUUCUCCUAAAUCUGAAUUCUUCUCCAAGGUGAAUACCUUUCUUGAAUGCUUUGGGGUGCUUAAGCAGGUGUUUUGGCUUGUCUCUUGGGUCCCAUGUUCAUGUUAUCUUGUAAUGGAGAAGCGUAGCUAAGGUUGUGCACACACACGGACUGAGGGAAAGCACAUAGGUUUCAGUCUGGCAGAACAGUGUUCCUGGAUGUUAUGGACACACAUGGACUGAGGAGAUGCGCAUGGAUGGCAGUCUGGUAGAACAGUGUUGCCACUCACGCCAUGGCUACUUGGUGCAACGAGCGGAAAAUUUAAAAAUCCUAAAAAAAUCUUCUAUGACAAUCUGUACAAAACCGAAACCGUACUAUUGGAAACUGUUCUAUUUGAGGGACAGCUGUAUAUAUAUUCUACCGCAAUCUGGAAGUGUUGUUAUAUUUCUACUAUGCAAAACUGACUGACUGAAUUUUGGACCGUUUAUACAUAGUUUCACUGCCUCUGAGGGUUAAUAUGAUGGCUAGUAAUGGAUGAUAAGAUUGUACUGUUUUCUCUCGUGUGGGGUGGUAUAUAUAUAUGCAAUACACUGGCUAUGCAUCUCUUUGUUC